AUGAACGACCAAGUUGUCCACCACAAACUGAUCUUUAACCGAUUGGAGUUACAUCCCAUCAUUAUUAGUGGUUGGCCUUGCAUGGAAUCUUAUUACAAUCUACCUUCUGAAGUUGUCCAGACGGAUGGUUAUUAUGGUAACAACAACUAUGGAAUGUUAUCAUUUAAGGAGGUGCACAUAUCUGCCAAAAUUAGAGUACUUUGCAACUGUAUUGAGACAAUGGAUAUGAAGAUAUUUUGCUGUGUGGUGACAACGGGAAGACUAAAUUCAUGUCACUGUCACCCUCGCCACACAAAGUUAGGAUAUGGAUGGGACGAAGUUUGCAAGUUCAAUAACUUCAAAUCCGGAAAUAGAAUUCGAUUUAGAUUUGAUGUUACUUCUUUGAACAAAACAUGUUAUGUAUAUUUAUUUCUGUGA